AACUUCAGUUCGGUCAACUUCGUCAUUUAGUGGUGACCGAAACGUCGAUGUGUGUGGUAGUGAAGUUAACUUUUCUAACAUAGGAUUCUCACAAAAUAACAAUAACCAAUUACUAAAGUACAAUCACCAAUUGAUCGUGUUCUUUACAAACAUUUAACGUGUCAUAAGUUGUUAAAAUAGAAAUCAAAAUGUGUGAUAAUACCAAUCCUUCGACACAAAGUAUAGCGGACUACUUAGCUCAGUUGCUCAAAGACAGGAAGCAACUGGCUGCCUUCCCGAAUGUUUUCAUGCACAUGGAGAGACUUCUUGAUGAAGAAAUAGCAAAAGUACGUGCAAGUCUAUUCCAAAUAAAUGGAGUCAAGAAAGAACCUUUAGUUCUACCAGAAGCAGAUGGCAUGGUCACCACACUCACAGAAAAAGUAUAUGUACCAGUCAAGGAACAUCCAGAUUUCAACUUUGUGGGAAGGAUUCUCGGACCCAGAGGUAUGACUGCAAAACAGUUGGAACAAGAAACAGGUUGCAAAAUUAUGGUUAGGGGCAAGGGAUCUAUGAGGGAUAAGAAAAAGGAGGAUGCAAACAGGGGGAAGCCAAAUUGGGAGCAUCUGGCUGACGACUUACACGUACUGCUCACAGUCGAAGACACGGAGAAUCGGGCAAAGAUAAAGUUAGCCAGAGCAGUUGAAGAAGUUAAACGCCUUCUUAUUCCGCAAGCAGAUGGCGAAGAUGAGCUGAAGAAGCGUCAGCUCAUGGAGCUGGCCAUCAUAAACGGCACAUACCGCGAUUCUAGCACGAAAGCCGUCGUGCCCGUCAACGGUCAGUGCCUAAUAACUGACGAAGAAUGGAGACGCGUUGCUGCGGAAACACAACGGCUCCUUGCGCCAGGAGGCGGAGUUGGCGGGGUUGGAAGUGUAGCUUUACGCACCUCUGCUCCCCUGGGAGCGCCUCUGAUACUCUCCCCGCGCAUGUCCGGAGGCCCUGGCACCCAAGCUGGGCUGCUUAACGGCACAGGGGGCGCUGCGGCUGGCUUACUGUCUCCUGGGGAGCCAGGACACCAGCUGAUCUACGCGUCACCGUAUGCUGACUACGCCAACUACGCAGCACUGACGGCCAAUCCGCUUCUCACUGAGGCCUACGCCGCUGCUGACCAUACGGGUAUCGUGCGGAGGGCGGGUCGACUGGCGCAAGUGAGGGAGCACCCUUACCAGCGCACUGCCUUACCGGCGCCUUAAUUCGUGCGAAAACACUCUCACGCCGCCAUUUUGUUCACAAGGUGCGUGCUAAUGGCGCCGACGCACUAACAGGAGAGGCCGCCCGCACCGGACCCUAUCUCGCCGCGUAACAUUAUCAUCGGAACAUCGACCACCAUGUACUCGUAGCUAUAGCUGUUGGGCCUUUCACGUUUAACAUGUACUAUGUAUUUUAAUAGUCUAACUAUUAACAUUUAUUUGCCUGUUAUGUUUAUAACAAGAUGAUCUUUAUUAACAUUUUUAUAUUAUUUUUUUUAUAGUGGCACACGCCAUCGACUAUAUUUACUGUAUUGUAACAUUGUACUUCUGUUGUCGCUUGACCAUGUUGUUGUUGAAGCACGAGUGUUGUUAGGUUACCCUACCUACGGCGGCGCUAAAUUUAUUUAAAAUGUUCUAGUGUUUAGUUAUUUAUUAGAUUUAGAUAAUAUAGUUUCUCGAAAUAUUUAAAAGUAUCAAUUUUAUUAUUAUUAUUAUAUUGUUAAUCAAAUUUGGCGCCGUUAUUUGAAACGUUUAGAGAAAUUAUUGUUUGAUUAUUCAAAAGUCUAAAUUCUAAAUUAUAUUGACUCAAUUUGGUAGACUUAAUAGAAUUUGGAUAAGUAUAGUUAGCUGUCUGCUAUCUGAAUGCAUGAUUAUUAUUUAUUGCACAGGAUGUGGGUAAGUUUCUUCUUAUAUAACCUUACAGUUUUUACAUGAAUUGUAUAAAGAGUAUAGUACAAAUUACAUAAAUGUUUUGAAACGGAGAUGGGAAGAAACGUCGCGUCUUCAUAUAAUCAUGAUACGAAAGGCAGGAUAGCGGUAACUAAGUGUAAGUAUGAGUAACAAAUUUAAGGUUUUCUCAAAAUGUAGAUGAAUAUAAUAUCUACAUAUUCUUUAAUUGAACUGAUAUGAUCGAAUGAUAGUUUUAUAAAUGUUUUUUUUUACAUUUACUCAUCAAUUCUACACAUAGUUUUGGCAAUACAUAACAUACUUUAUGCCAAAGAGUGAUCAAACACAUGUUUAUAGUAGUAAUUUCUAAGAGCUUACUACUGAACAUAAACGUCGAAUGUCUUCCUUAGGGUAAUAUUAUACAAUCCAGUACGAAAACACAAAAAUAUGAUGUUGGUUAUUUUUAUAUACCAAAUGUUGAAGGUGUUUUUCUAGCUAUAACUAAAAGACGAAUUGCAAAUCAAUUUGCCUAUUGUUUAUCUAUAAAGGCACUGAAUGCUGGAUAGUUUAGAAAUAUUCACACAUAUUGUAAUCAUGAUUGAUGAGUAAAUGAUAUGCACAGAUAUGAACUUCUUGUUUAUCUUUUAGUUUAUAUACAAUAUUUGAAAGUAAUUUUUAUAUUUUAUACUUUUUAGUGCUAAUGUUAUACAUAACAAAUCAAAUAUUGCGCAUCCCAAGUGCCUUAAUAAUGAAAAAUGUUUUUACUUUUGUGCUUCUAUAAAAACUGUUAAUAUCGAUUAUAUUUAAUGAUAGACGAGAUUAAAUUAUUGUUAACUCUGCUAUGUUAAUGGUUACACUUGCACUAUUUUAUGAAAUAUCGAUGAAAUAGCUUAUUAUAGUUUAUUUGCGUAAUAAAUAGGCUCUAACUA